UUCGUAACGAUUAUAUUUUUUAUUCUCCUUUUUACGUUGAUGCGAACCAAACCCGCAAACCGGAAAAGUUAUCAAUUUAUCAUAGCAUCUGGGUUUAAGAAGACGACUCCCCCUAGUACCUCAAGAAAGAUAAAUGGAGGCAAAAAUAUUGCAGGUGAGAUGGGCAGCUGUGCCGUUACAGCUCUCACCAACUACUCCUUCAAAGCUAUCAAGAAAUCCCACAGCUUUUCCAAACCCAUCUCCGCUCAGGACCAAGAUUCCACUAGGCGCAGCUCUGCAUAGAAGCAAGAAGAUAGAAGAGCAAGACUUGUAUGGUCUCCCAAAAGAAUAUUAUGAUGAUGAAUGGCAAGCCAAGCAGAGGGAAAAGACGAAGGAACUGCACAGGAGGCGGCAAGAAGAGGACGAAAAAGAGGAAAGAAAGGUUGACGAGUAUCGUGAAAUUGGCUUGCGGCUGAAAGAUUAUCCAGAAGAAGAGCUUCGAAAAGCCAAGAAAUUGGUUUCAAGUUUUAUUAAAUCAGCUGAGGAAGUGGAGGAGAAAAUUGAGGAAGCUGCUGAGAAAGGCGAACUCAAUGAACUUGUUCUGUUGAUUAUAUGGAAUCGCCUUGAUCUUGCUCGACGAGAUGAUGAAAAGGAUGCAGUUCGAAGUCUUGAUCUCCUGUACAGGCGUGUUGAGACAGAGAUUUUGAAAAGGGAGGCUACUCCAGCCAUGAGACUGCUCAAUGAUCUCUUGAAUUUGCACGAUGGAUUCGAUGAUGAUGGAUGGCUCAAGGCAUGUAAGAAGCGUAUGAUCGACACUUUUCCACGAGAGGAUCCAUUUAGUAUUCUCGUACCUGCAGGAUUUGACAUCGAUAAGCAUCAAGGUCCAGUGAGACCAGUCCUCGAGGCCGACGAUGUUCUUUUGAGGGUCGAGUUUGUACGGGAAGUCAACGCAUUGCUGCGAGAGGUUCGGUUAGAACAAAGUGAAGCACAAAAUAUGCAAGGUCUUGACCCUGAAUCUGUGGCCAGUAGGCUAAAGCAACAGGAGAAGCAACGAGCCAUUCACCAAGUAGAAGCUCUGUUCGAUUUGGCAAUUAAUUUGAAUUGGUAGUUUGUUUUCUUGUCAACUGGUAAUGUAAAAUUGCAUUUCUCAUAAAUUCAUUAUAGUCUAAUUCUGGAUCUUCUCUGGCAACUCAAUUUCUAUACAUAAAAGAGUUAUCUAUCA